UCCGCCUCUGAGCCAAGCUCAACAAGUCCAGAGAGAGAAGCCACCUACCUCAGUAAGCCGAGGUACACACUCGAGAGAAGAUGGGCUUUAUCCCGGACUUUUCCAUCGAAACUUGGACUUUAAUAGCAUUUGUCAUCGCUCUCAUCACAGUGUAUGGGUAUGCUCCAUAUGGCUUUUUUAAGAAAAUAGGCGUCCGUGGACCCAAACCCUUACCGUUUAUUGGAACAUUUCUGGAGUACAGAAAGGGGAUUCACAAUUUUGACACAGAAUGCUUCAAUAAAUAUGGACGAAUUUGGGGGCUCUACGAUGGCAGGCAACCUCUUUUGGCUAUCAUGGACACGGCCAUGAUCAAAACUAUCCUGGUCAAGGAGUGUUACUCUGUCUUUACCAACAGGCGGGAUAUUGGCCUAAAUGGACCCCUACGUGAUGCUGUGUCCAUAGUAGAGGAUGAUGCAUGGAAGAGGAUUCGCAGUAUAUUGUCGCCAUCCUUCACCAGCGGGCGACUAAAAGAGAUGUACAAGAUAAUGAUGCAUCACUCUGAGAACCUGAUCAAGAGUCUCCACAAGAAAGUAGACGCAGAUGAAGUCAUAGAGGUGAAAGAAGUAUUUGGACCAUACAGUAUGGAUGUUGUGACCAGCACUGCCUUCAGUGUGGACAUUGAUUCCAUCAACCAUCCCUCUGACCCCUUCGUAGCAAACAUCAAGAAAAUGGUUAACUUCAGUUUCAUGAACCCGUUGUUGGUGUUAAUCGUUCUCUUUCCAUUCUUUGGGCCAAUUUUUGAGAAGAUGGAUGUGUCUUUCUUCCCUGCUUCAGUGUUGGAGUUCUUCUACAACUUUCUUAAGAAGAUCAAGUCAGACCGCAGCAAGAAUGAGCACAAAAGCAGGGUGGACUUCAUGCAGCUGAUGGUGGAUGCUCAGGCAUCAGGGAAUGACAAAGAGGGCACAGACUCUGAAAAAAAAGAGUUGACUGAUAACGAGAUCCUUGCUCAGGCCAUGAUCUUCAUCUUUGCUGGCUAUGAAACCAGCAGCAGCUCGCUGGGGUUUUUAGCCUACAACUUGGCAACCAAUCCUCACAUUCAAAAGAAGCUCCAAGAGGAGAUUGAUGAAACAUUCCCAAACAAGAGUCGGCCAACCUAUGAGGCUCUGAUGCAGAUGGAAUACAUUGACAUGGUGCUGAAUGAGUCAAUGAGGCUCUACCCAAUUGGUAACCGAAUAGAGCGGAUGUCAAAGGCCUCUGUUGAGGUGAACGGCUUGACCAUCCCUAAAGGAACAACCAUCAUGAUACCAGUUUACACUCUACAACGUGAUCCAGCUCUGUGGGAUGAGCCAGACACCUUUAAACCAGAAAGGUUCAGCAAAGAGAACAAAGACAACAUUGAUCCAUAUGCAUUCCUACCCUUCGGAGCAGGGCCCAGGAACUGUAUUGGCAUGCGUUUUGCUCUUGUGAUGAUGAAGUUGGCAAUGGUGGAGAUCCUGCAGAACUUUAGCUUUGUCCCAUGCAAAGAGACAGAGAUCCCAGUGGAACUUAGUGUUGAUGCAUUUACAACACCUAAGAAUCCAAUCAAACUGAAGCUGAAGGCAAGAGAACCUGCUGCUGCUUGAGUUUCCCUCUGGAUUGUGAAAGUAUCUAGCUAUCUUGCUAGCUAUCUGAUUCUUCCUCAAGCUAAUUAUGGUUCAUACAACCUGACAACUCUCAUGUAUCGUGCUUAAAGUCAGCGGUUUGCAGCCUUUUAGAGGAAACAGUUUUCUUUUUAACAAUGCUAUCUGUACUCAAACUAACUACUUGUGUCUAAUUAUUCAGUUUAUACUGAAUAACCUCCAAAUGUAGUGCUGGUCUUAAUGCAGUACAUACAAGUAUGGUUGGAGAAAUGAAGUGCUCUUCUUAACUAAUGGGUUUACAGCUUUAUAAUCUGAUUAAAGUGGGUAAAAAUGAUCAACUUAAGGCAUUACUUGUGUACUUUGAUAAUAGAAGUUUUUUGCUAUAGAGUACAGUUGGAGUCACGUCAACAUGUUCCCUAAAGCUUUAUCCCUCUGAAGACAUUUAUAUCUUUCAUGCAGUUUUUAAGAGCUAUUUUUGUAUCUUGAUUAUCACUAUAAUAAUAGUUUUCUGAAACCUUGUCACACUUGUACAGCAGAAAUAAAAGACAAAAUGUAACCACUAAAUGCACUCUUUUUCACCAUUAAAAUUGAUAGA